CGGAAGUUGGAAUGCGAAGCAUUGUAAUGCUGGAUGAGCAAGGAGAACAACUGGACCGCAUUGAAGAAGGAAUGGAUCAAAUUAAUGCUGAUAUGAGAGAAGCAGAAAAAAAUUUAAGUGGAAUGGAAAAAUGUUGCGGCAUUUGUGUCCUUCCGUGCAAUAAAAGUCAAUCAUUCAAAGAAGAUGAUGGGACCUGGAAAGGUAACGAUGACGGAAAAGUUGUAAAUAAUCAACCGCAAAGAGUCAUGGAUGACAGAAAUGGAAUGAUGGCACAAGCGGGAUAUAUCGGCAGGAUAACGAAUGAUGCUAGAGAGGACGAAAUGGAAGAAAACAUGGGACAAGUAAACACAAUGAUAGGCAACCUCCGCAACAUGGCACUGGAUAUGGGUUCUGAGCUGGAAAAUCAAAACCGUCAAAUUGACAGAAUUAAUCGAAAGGUAUUUCUAAAAUUUCGAGUGGAAACCCCAGUCAGUGCUGCCACAAGUUGCCGUCAAAGGCGCAUCUUAUUGAUUCGGCCAAUUUGCUGGAGGAUUUACCGCCUCACAAAGGCCAAAAUCAAUAUCGCGGGGCACAAUCGUCAGGUAUGGUUUUUUGAGACCCGUAUGUUGCCAUAUCUGGAAUUAAUUUAAUUGAACAAUCGUCAG